AUGGACGCCCUCCGCUCCGCCAUCCAGCCCAUCACGCACAACCUGCCGACGCCCAUCUUCGAGGCGGGCACAUCGCUGCUUGGCGCCAAAUGCUACAAGACGCUGAUCCUGGACGUGGACUUCCUCAGCUCGCCAGAGUGCCUCAAACUCGCCAUCAGCAAAGGGCUCGGGAUCGGGAUCAUCGGGGCGUCGUCGAUUGUCAAAGUGCCGCAGCUGAUCAAGCUGGUGAACUCGCGGUCGGCGGCGGGCAUCAGCUUCCUGUCGUAUGUGCUGGAGACGUCGUCGUACCUGAUCUCGCUGGCCUACAACGUGCGCCAGGGCUUCCCGUUCAGCACGUUUGGCGAGACGGCCCUCAUCGCCGUGCAGAACGUCGCCAUCGCUGCCCUCGUCCUGCAUUUCUCGGGCAAGAGCGCCGGCGCCGCCGUCUGGGUUGCCGGCCUGGCCGCCGCCGGCUACGCCCUCUUUAACCACGACCUCGUCGACGCGAAGACGCUGUCGCUGCUGCAGGCGGGCGCGGGCCUGCUGGGCGUCGGCGCGAAAUUGCCCCAGAUCAUCGCUGUGUGGCAGCAGGGCGGGACGGGCCAGCUGAGCGCUUUCGCCGUCUUCAACUACCUCCUCGGCUCGCUCUCGCGCAUCUUCACCACGCUGCAAGAAGUCCCCGACGCGCUGAUCCUCUACGGCUUCGUGGCGGGUUUCGCGCUCAACCUCGUCCUCGCCAUCCAAAUGCUCUACUACUGGAACAGCCCGGCCAGCAAGUCCGCCGCGCCCGGCAAGAAGAACAAGAAGGCCAAUAAGGUCGCGGCGGCCUUUUCGGGAAACAACGGCAAGGCUGACGCGGGCAAGGCGUCCGCCCGCUCCUCGGCUACGCCGGCGAAGGGCAAGAGCCCCAGCACUCGCCGCCGUGGUUAG